AUGGCAACAAUUCAAUUGAUCAAUGCAGACGAUAGCUCCCAUGAGAAUAUAUUCAAAAACAUUCGACAAGUCACUAUUACGAAAUCAGAUGAAAGCGGUCGUUUAGUGAAAUCAAGUUCAGAAAACGAUACUCAGAGUUCAACAUUGAGCUUUUAUCCAACACAAAAUGAAGAGCAAUCAAAAUUCAGUGGUCAAAAUAAAGAUUUAAUAGAUAGAGAUGAUAAAGAAGAAACAGGAGGUGGAGGUGAUCAACAACAAAGCAAAUACAGUUCUGAUCAAAGUAUUACAACUUCGAAUUCAAUUCAAAACGAAAAAAAGUCGUCUAUCCAUGAAAUAGCUAAAAAUGAAAAUCUCGUAUUAUCAACAAUUGAAUUGAACCUUAAUGAAAAAGGUGAUGUCCAAGAACAAGUAGAACAUAUUGAGUCUUAUACAACAAAAAAGGAGAAGAAAGAUAUCGAUAGAAAUUCAUUGAAUUCAAUGUUCGUUCACGUUGGUGAUUUAGCAGAUGCUGAUCAGUUAAAAUAUACAACAAAAAUUAUUCAUGAUUGUAUAGGGAAAUCAACUAAAACUCAAAAUAUAAUUGAAGAUUUUAAUAUAAUAAAUGGUUUUCGAAUUAAAUCCAAAAAUGUUUUAGAUAUAUUAGCUCGAAUAACACCGAUCAGUAAAAUAUUCGAUUAUGGUGAAAGAGAAACGGGUCGAAAAUUACUACACUUAGCUGCUGAAACUGAUUGGUAUGAUGGUGCAUUAUUUCUGUUAAAUCGUGGCGUUAAUAUUAAUGAAACAGACAAUGAAAAUCGCUCACCACUCAUGGAAUGUCUAGCAUCCGCAGAAACAGCGGUUCUCAAAUCUCUACUUAAAAAGAGAGAAUGUAAUUUAGAUAUUCAGAGUUUGACCGGGCAUACAGCGGCACACUAUGCAGUUAUGAUGAAUAAACCAAAAUGUUUAAAGAUUUUGAUGAAAGCUGGUGCACGAUUGGAUCUACCAAAUGAUGCUGGAAAACACGUUUUACACUUGAUUGUGGAAUAUAAACGUAAAGAGUGUUGGAAAAUUGUUAAAACAUUCUACAAAAAUUAUCCGCACGGCAAAAUGCAUUUAACAAACCUAGUUGGUGCACAAACACACGAUGGGAAAACCAGCCUCAUGUUAGCUGUCCGAAAUAAACCAAGUUUAUAUUUUUUUAAAGAAUUAUUCUUAUUUCAUACCAUUGAUAUAAAGCACAAUGAGAAUGUUUUUCACAUGGUACACGAUUGGCCAGAAGCUGUCAAAUUUUUGAAUAAGAAAAAUAAGAAAACAUUAAUAUUAUUAGCAAAAACAUAA